AAGCACCUCCCCUUUCCCCGACCCCAGCCCCAUUUAGGCUGGGAAUUCGGAGCCUUCCCGUUCGGACGGGAACUCAGGGCCGGAAGGAGCCAGGGGGCGUCCCGAGCGGACGAGUCACCAGGUUUCAAGAUGCUGCGAGUACGGAGAACAACAUUGGAUGGGCUGAAGUUCAGCCUCUGCAGAGGUCUCCACCACAGAGCUGUGAUGGCCCUCAGGCGAGAGGACGUCAAUGCCUGGGAGAGAAGGGCACCUCUGGCCCCCAGGCACAUCAAAGGGAUCACCAAUCUGGGAUACAAGGUCUUGAUACAGCCUUCUAAUCGGCGGGCCAUUCAUGAUAAGGAAUAUGUCAAAGCUGGUGGCAUUCUUCAGGAGGACAUAUCUGAAGCUUGUCUAAUUUUGGGAGUUAAAAGACCUCCGGAGGAAAAGUUAAUGUCCAAGAAGACUUAUGCAUUCUUCUCACACACAAUCAAAGCUCAGGAAGCAAACAUGCACUUGUUGGAUGAGGUUCUGAAACAGGAAAUCCGGCUUAUUGAUUAUGAGAAAAUGGUGGAUCAUAGAGGAUCACGGGUAGUGGCAUUUGGACAGUGGGCAGGAGUGGCAGGAAUGAUCAACAUUUUACAUGGAAUGGGUUUACGGCUCCUUGCUUUGGGACAUCACACACCCUUUAUGCAUCUUGGAAUGGCGCAUAACUAUAGGAAUAGCAGCCAGGCUGUCCAAGCUGUCCGUGAUGCCGGCUAUGAAAUAUCUCUGGGUUUAAUGCCAAAGUCGAUAGGGCCCUUAACAUUUGUGUUCACAGGGACUGGUAAUGUAUCUAAGGGAGCCCAAGAAGUCUUUAAUCAACUACCUUGUGAAUAUGUGGAACCUCAUGAAUUAAAAGAAGUUUCCAAAACUGGAGACCUCCGAAAAGUGUACGGGACAGUGUUAAGUCGCCAUCAUCAUCUUGUCAGGAAGACCGAUGGUGUGUAUGAUCCCGUAGAGUAUGACAAACAUCCUGAGCGCUACAUUAGUCGCUUUAAUUCCAAUAUCGCACCCUAUACAACCUGUUUAAUUAAUGGAAUCUACUGGGAACAAAAUACCCCUCGCCUACUAACCCGCCACGAUGCUCAAAGUCUCCUGGCUCCAGUCAAGUCCACAGUAGCUGCUAUUGAAGGCUGCCCUGAAUUACCACACAAAUUGGUGGCGAUCUGCGACAUUUCAGCGGACACAGGAGGAUCUAUAGAUUUUAUGACUGAGUGUACUACAAUAGAGCAUCCCUUUUGCAUGUAUGAUGCAGACCAGCACAUUAUUCAUGACAGUGUUGAAGGCUCUGGAAUUCUGAUGUGUUCCAUUGACAAUUUGCCCGCACAGCUCCCAAUUGAAGCUACAGAAUACUUUGGAGAUAUGCUAUACCCUUAUGUCGAAGAAAUGUUAUUAUCAGAUGCUUCCCAGCCUCUUGAAAGUCAGAAUUUUUCUCCUGUGGUGCGAGAUGCAGUGAUUACAUCCAAUGGUUUAUUGACUGAUAAAUAUAAAUAUAUCCAGAAACUCCGAGAGAGCAGAGAACGCAUUCAGUUACUUUCAAUGAAUACCAAGAAAAAGGUCUUGGUUCUUGGAUCUGGCUACGUAUCUGGGCCUGUAUUAGAAUACUUGUCAAGAGACAGCAAUAUAGAACUAACAUUAGGCUCUGAUUCGAUGAGUCAAAUUAAGCAGUUGGGCAAGAAAUACAAUAUUAAUCCUGUUUACAUGAACAUUGCUAACCAAGAAGAAAAACUGAACUCCUUGGUGGCAACACAGGAUCUUGUCAUCAGCUUAUUGCCAUAUGUGCUGCAUCCUAUUGUGGCCAAGGCGUGUAUCAGUAACAAAGUUAACAUGAUCACAGCGAGUUACAUCUCACCAGCACUAAAAGAACUGGAAAAGAGUGUGGAAGAGGCUGGAAUCACGAUCAUUGGCGAGUUGGGAUUGGACCCUGGUCUUGAUCAUAUGUUGGCAAUGGAUACAAUUGAUAAGGCCAGACAAGUGGGAGCCAUGGUUGAAUCUUACUCUUCUUACUGUGGUGGGCUUCCGGCCCCUGAACACUCGGAUAAUCCUUUGAGAUACAAAUUCAGCUGGAGUCCUGUGGGAGUUUUGAUGAACAUAAUGCAGCCUGCCACCUACCUGCUCAAUGGAAAGGUCGUGAAUGUUGCAGGAGGCGUCUCUUUUCUGGACUCUGUCACAUCUGUGGAUUUCUUCCCGGGACUGAACCUGGAAGGCUAUCCCAACAGAGACAGUACCAGGUACUCCGAGAUUUACGGCAUUCCAUCAGCUCACACUGUGGUGCGGGGAACACUGAGGUACAAGGGAUAUUCCAAAGCUUUGAAUGGACUUGUAAAAUUGGGUCUCAUAAACAGAGAAGCAUAUCCCACCCUUCAAUCUGAGGCCAGCUCUCUUACCUGGAAGCAACUGCUGUGUGAUCUAGUUGGGAUUCCGCGCUCCUCUACCUGUGGUUCACUUAAGAAAGCUGCCCUUAAGAAACUGGGAGGGGACAGUACCCAGCUGGAAGCUGCUGAAGGGUUGGGUUUGCUUGGAGAUGAACAAGUUCCACAGGAGGAGUCCAUUGUGGAUGCUCUGUCCAAGCAUUUGGCUUUGAAACUCUCCUAUGGCCCCGAAGAAAAAGAUAUGAUUGUGAUGAGAGACAGUUUUGGUAUCAGGCAUCCUUCUGGACAUUUAGAGAGUAAAACUAUUGAUCUUGUUGUUUAUGGAGACUUCAAUGGCUUUUCAGCAAUGGCUAAAACUGUGGGGUUACCCACAGCAAUGGCGGCCAAAAUGUUGCUUGAUGGUGAAAUUGAAGCCAGAGGUCUGAUGGGCCCCUUUUCCAAAGAGAUCUAUGGUCCAAUAUUGGAGCGAAUUAAAGCAGAAGGCAUUUUAUAUACUACACAGAGCACAAUCAAAUUAUAAUUGGCAAUUAGAUUUUUUGUCUUAUCUUCCCAGGCAACAGAGUUCUCAACAUUUGUGGGACAAACAAGCUUGUUAAUAUGCUAUUUUAUAAAGUAUAAAACAUGAUAUAUUUUGAUUAAGACAGUACAGUGGUGUUUUAGAAAUAUAAAUUUCUAUUUUAAAAUGAAAACAUUUGGAAUAAGAGAUGACAGUAAUUAACAGAGAACUUUAAUAAUACUUCUACCAUGUAUUUUUCCAUAUGUUUGUAGAAGUGAUUAUACUAUUUAUUAAUUUAUUGUAUCACUUGUCUUAUAAGAAUAUAUUUUCCUAGUCAGCAAAUGGAAUUUUAAUGUUUCGGUUAGAAAAAACACCUCAUAUAGUUAUGUCUUAAUAGUUUUCAAACCUUUAGAUUACAUAUCUACAAACUUUUACAAAAAUACUAUUUUAUACCUUUUUAAAAGUUAUGAUGUAUUUAGUAAAUGACUUUGUAGAAAACUUCUCAAGUGUUCGGCAAAGAGAAGAAAUGAGAUAAAAAUCACAAUCUACAUGAAC